CCUCCCGGCCUGUGCACCUCGGGCCGGUUCCAUCCUCCCGGGACCCGGGGGAGGGACUGGGGGCCCCGGGGAGGCGGCCUCGGGCGGCCCUCCCCCGCCUUCUCGCCCCUUCCCUCGCUGGCAGGAGCCCCUCGCUGUGACCCCCGCGGGGGCGGGAGGCUGGGGGUCGAUGCUCGGAGCCUCCGCACGGCCCGGCGCCUGCCGCUGACGGCGGUGGGGGUGGGGGGGCCGGGCACCCAGCCUCCUGCCCCACCCCCUGGCGUCGGCACCGCGGGCCGUCGGGGGCCCCUGCUCCUGGCUGCGCCCUCCCCGCCGGCCAGGCCCUGGAGGGACCCGGGAGCUGCCGCCGGCAUCAGCCCAUGGCCCGGAGGUAUGAUGAGUUGCCGCGCUACCCCGGCAUCGUGGACAGCACCGCAGCCCUGGCCGGCUUCUCAGAGGCAGUGCCCUCGGCACCGAGAGCCCCAGGGCCCUAUGGCCCCCACCGGCCUCCCCAGCCCCCGCCCCCGGGCUUGGACAGUGACGGCCUGAGGAGAGAGAAGGAUGAGAUCUACGGACACCCGCUCUUCCCUCUGCUGGCCCUGGUCUUUGAGAAAUGUGAACUGGCCACGUGCUCGCCCCGUGACGGGGCUGGGGCUGGGCUGGGCUCACCCACGGGCGGUGAUGUGUGUUCCUCCGAUUCCUUCAACGAGGACAUUGCAGCCUUUGCCAAGCAGGUCCGCUCCGAGAGGCCCCUCUUCUCCUCCAACCCGGAGCUGGACAAUCUGAUGAUACAGGCCAUUCAGGUACUCCGCUUCCACCUGCUGGAGCUGGAGAAGGUCCACGACCUGUGCGACAACUUCUGUCACCGCUACAUCACCUGCCUCAAGGGGAAGAUGCCCAUCGACCUGGUCAUCGAGGAUCGGGACGGCGGCUGCAGGGAGGAUCUCGACGACUACCCAGCCUCCUGCCCCAGCCUCCCAGACCAGAAUACUGCAUGGAUUAGAGACCAUGAAGACAGCGGGUCUGUACACUUGGGGACCCCGGGUCCAUCCAGCGGGGGCCUGGCCUCCCAGAGUGGGGACAACUCCAGUGACCAAGGAGAUGGACUAGACACAAGUGUGGCCUCUCCCAGUUCUGGGGGAGAGGAUGAAGAGCUGGACCAGGAGCGGCGGCGGAACAAGAAGAGAGGGAUCUUCCCCAAGGUGGCCACCAACAUCAUGAGAGCCUGGUUGUUCCAGCAUCUCUCGCACCCGUACCCCUCAGAGGAGCAGAAGAAACAGCUGGCGCAGGACACGGGGCUCACCAUCCUGCAAGUCAACAACUGGUUCAUUAAUGCUCGAAGACGCAUCGUGCAACCAAUGAUUGAUCAAUCCAACCGUACAGCAGGGCAGGGUGCAGCCUUCAGCCCCGAGGGCCAGCCCAUGGGGGGCUACACGGAGACUCAGCCACACGCGACUGUCAGGCCGCCGGGAUCAAUGGGGAUGAGUUUGAACUUAGAAGGAGAGUGGCAUUAUCUAUAGAGGCUGGAAUCAGGAGAAAUACCCCAACCUCUGGACUGUGACCACCAGGCUUAUACCUGCUUCUGGUAGAUGCCUGGCCCUCUGGCUUCAGGACCCUGCUUCCUACAGCCCGGCCCCCCCCAACUCAAAGCCUACCUCCCUGGGGCCCUGCCGGGACAUGAGGGGCCUGAGCGCCCACUCAAGGGUCUCUCAAAGACAAAGACAAGGCCUCCAGACCCUGCGCCGCACUUCUGCCCUCACUUCUGCCCAGAACCCGAACUGGGAUCUUGGGCGUGGGUCUUCAGAAGAUGGUGGCUGGGGAGCCCCUGCCCCCAGGACAGAGAAGGGAUUGGGGGUGGGCUGGGGCCAUCAAGGAAGGAGGGUCACCUUGAUCCGACAUUUGGGGAGGUUCCCUUCAUCCUUCCAGCCCACCCCCCUUUCCCCC